AUGACUGGAUCCUGGAGACUAUUUCUGCUCUGUAGUCUCCUGCAAGGGCUCCCUGAUGCACCUCGUUUGACCACCCCCAAGGAGCCGGUGGUGGAGGGGACUCCUGUGGAGCUGGGGUGCUCUGCCCCGUCCUACUGUGACACCCAUCCGCCCACUGUGACGUGGACCCCCGCCCUGGGGCUCAGCACCCAGCUCCAGAAGAAAAAUACCGUGACCUCCACUCUGACCUUCAACGUCUCCCACCUCCACCAUGGAAACAAUGUCUCCUGCACUGCAGCCUACUACAUACCAUCUGGGAACAAAACUGUGACGUCUACAAGAUACCAACUCAGUAUCUCAUUUGCCCCCAGGAACACCUCUGCUGUCGGCAGCCCGUGUCUUCCAGCCAGAGUGGGAGGCUGCCUCAACCUGAGCUGCACCAGUCAUGCUAACCCUGCUGUCAGCGAGGUCACCUGGUACCGAAUACACGGAGAACACAUCCUUAAGAUCGGGACUGGAUCAUCUCUGUCCAUCCAGCUGUGGAACGCCAAUUACGUUUUCUUCUGUGAGGCCAGGAAUGAAAUUGGCAAGGAAAAGUCUGAUGUCUACAAGAUCAACCUUCAAGCCAAUGAGUACCUCUCAUACUCACCAGCCCUUGGAUCAGGUGGAGGAACUCCCUUCGUGACCUCAGGAGAAGGAAGCAUCACAGGCGUGAAAGUCUGGGAGCAGCCUGGUAAUCACAUUACCGGUUUCCAGUUGCGUUACGGCACCAGGUGGGACCGUCUAAUUGGUCGCGCUGUCCACGCCCCACUGAGAUUGGACCUAUUUGAAGGAGAGACAAUUACUCAGGUGUCUGGAAAAUACCACACAUCCAACUACAUCUAUCAGUUGAUUUUUGGGACAAGCAGAGGGCGAUCUCUCAUCGCAGGCCAGCCAGUUGAGAAUUCCUUCAAUUUGUACCCCGAGCAUGCGGAGGCGGAGCUUCGGCUGUUGAGUGGGCGGUUCGAUAGCGCUGGGAUCACAUCGCUGGGAGCCCAUUGGGGGUUAGCCCCGGAUGGGGCUAACCCCCAAUGGGCUCAGUACUUCUUAACCAAAUGACCAAAGGAAAUAGUACUUCUUAACCAAAUGCUUAAAAGUACAUCUGACUUUUGAGUUCUGAAGAUUUCCUAUUAAGCAAUGGAACACAAUAAGCAUAAUCAGAUCUUUGUGUCUGUGGUGUGAUUGGAAUCAAAACCGGGAUGAGUUAUAAGGUAGGUGUGUUUAGACCACUUCACUUAUGUUGGUAGUAAUGGUUGAGGCUUCAUUCCUAGGUUGCAAACUAAAUCCUAACUACUAGUAAUUGUAUCUACACACUAGUCUCUAAAUUGAACUCAAGGCUUAUUAAAGUUACCAAAAGUUUGAUCAAAUAUUUUGUUGUCUUCAAGAAAUCCCGACAAUCGAAUCAUCGAGAUCAUUCUCCCAGAACAUAUUGUACACCUCCAAAUUAAAACCAUCCCUGGCCGAACAGCAAACCUUUGCCUUCAGGGGUCAAUCCUUGAUACAUGUGAGAUCUGCCUCAACACUUUAUUCUUUUAAAUCAUGGCUCAAUUAAAUAUCCACAGAAGCUUGAGAUGUUAAAACUACUAAGGAAUUGUUGCUGACUUUGGUUUUGUGUUAGUAUGUGUCUGGUGUUUUGUUUUCUCUGACGUCAUAUUAAAUGUCAUGUGUGGAAAAUCAAUAAAAAAAUAAUGGCAUCUCAAAAA